AUGGCUUCCCGCCCGCCCAAAGGCCAAAUCUACGACUCCGUCGCCAGCGACUACGACAUCAUCUGGAGCACCCCCGCCUGCAAAAUCCUCUUCCCCCUGCUCGACGACAACCUCCGCCGCGAAGGACCAUGGGAAGGGGCAUCGGUGCUCGAUCUCGCCUGCGGCACCGGCUUCGGGCUGCGCGAGAUGAAGAAGCUGGGCGCGACGAAGCUCGUGGGCGUGGACAUUAGCGACGAAAUGCUGGGCGUCGCCAAACAGGUGUCGCCCGACGCUGGGUUCGAACUGCACCACGCCGACUGCUCGCAGCCCCUCUCCCACCUGCCGCUGGAAGAGGGCUCCUUCGACCUCGUGCUUGCCAUGUGGCUACUCAACUACCCCGACAGCCGGGCCGCGAUCGCAGGCAUGUGGAAGAACAUUGCCACGUACCUCAAGAAGGGCUCCAAGUUCAUCGGCAUCAUCCAGAACCAGGACAACGUGCACCCCUCCUGCAUGCAGGGCAAGCUGAAGGAGUUUGGGGUGGAGGAGUCGAAUUUCCGCCAGCUGCCGUCGGGCGACGGCGUGCAGAUGCACAUCGUGUUCGACACGGAGCCCGUGGUGGAGUUUGACACGUUUGUGCUGAAGAAGCACAUUUUCGAGGAGGAGGCGAAGAAGGCGGGGUUCAAGGACUUGCGCUAUGUGCGUGCUGGGGACGAGGUGAGGAAGGAGGUGGAGGGCAAGAGUGAGGAGUGGUGGAAGGAGUUGCUCGAGGAGUACCCCAACCAGGUCGUCAUUGCCGUCAAGGAGUAG